AUGGCUUCACGAAAUCAGUUUGUCUUCGACGGCUUCGCCCCGCCUCGCUCGACCCUCCAGCGAUUCAUAUACAAUGCCUGCGAUCCUAUCGCCAACCUAGAACCCAAUCUCGCCCUGAACCUCGAGAUCGUCGAUUUGGUAAACUCCAAGAAGGGCAAUGCCCCGCGUGAGGCUGCAUUUACCAUCGUGCAGUUGAUCAACCACAGAAACCCAAACGUAUCUUUAUUGGCCUUGUCCUUACUUGACAUCUGCGUCAAAAACUGCGGCUAUCCGUUCCACCUCCAAAUCAGCACCAAGGAAUUUCUUAAUGAACUCGUCAGACGGUUUCCUGAACGGCCCCCGAUACGGCCCACUCGGGUGCAAAGCAAGAUCUUAGAAGCCAUUGAAGAAUGGCGGUCGACGAUAUGCCAAACAUCGAGGUACAAGGAGGAUUUGGGUUUUAUCAGGGAUAUGCACAGGCUUCUGUUGUAUAAGGGGUACAUGUUCCCGGAAGUGCGGAGAGAGGAUGCUGCCGUCUUGAAUCCCAGCGAUAACCUCCAGUCAGCCGAGGAGAUGGAGGAGGAAGACCGAGCGGCACAAUCGGCCAAACUCCAAGAACUGAUUCGGCGAGGACGACCUCAAGAUUUACAAGAGGCCAACAGACUUAUGAAGGUCAUGGCUGGUUAUGACACGAGGCACAAGACCGACUAUCGGGCCAAAGCAGCAGAAGAGGUCGCAAAGGUCCAACAAAAAGCCAAAAUACUGGAGGAGAUGCUCCAAAGCCAUCGACCCGGCGAUAAAUUUGGCGAUGGCGAUGUUUUCGAGGAACUGGCUGGUGCGCUUCAGAGCGCUCAUCCCAAGAUCCAAAAAAUGUGUGAGGAAGAGUCAGACGAUGCCGAAGCGGUGGCCAAGCUGCUCGAAAUCAACGACAGCAUACAUCGAACGAUUGAAAGGUACAAGCUCAUGAAAGCUGGGGACGUCGAAGGAGCCAACAGGAUCGAAAAGGGAACGUUGGGGACCACGACAGGAGUCGGCAAAAACGCAGCCAAUGAAUUGUCCUUGAUUGAUUUCGAGCCAGAACCUCCCGCAGCGCCAACAUUACCGACACAUGCAAAUGGCUCUCUUCUUGACGCCGGUCUUGCCUUAUCUCCAACACAGGCAGAACAUCGGACGGUGGAAGAUGACUUGCUAGGUUUAUCGUUGGAUGACUCGGGUGCAGGCACACUUGGAGCCAUUUCACUAGGCCCAACCACGAAUUUUUCGGCGCCUUCAGGGUCGAUCUUCUCCAACACCUCGUCCAACGUCGCUCACAGCCAGCCGGCUGUUCUGCAAACUUCGUCUCAAGCGUCACCAAAACCCAAUUAUGAUGCCUUUGCGUCACUCAUCAGUGCACUACCUUCUUCGAAACCUGCGACUCCAGUUCCUAUGGCGCAGCAGCCGCGAUCUUCAGGCCAAGCAUUCGCUGACCCAUUCGCAGCGCUGGUAUCAUCCAGCUCGCGGCCUCCGACGCCUUCAAGACAAAGCAAUCUAUCGCCACCCUUGACGCAGCCCGUCACGGGGAUGAACCAAGCCGCCUCUGCACCGGGAGAAGACGAAUGGACUUUUGAGUCGUCCUUGCCGGAACCACAGACGGUCACAGUGCUUUCAUCGCCUCUCGGGAUCGAGUUUGAAGCCCGCCGGUUGCCAGGACAGACGGUGAUCCAAAUCACGGCGCGUUUCUCCAACACGGCGGCGCAAAGAAUUAGCGGAUUGCAUUUCCAAGUGGCGGUGGAGAAGAGUUACUCAUUGCAUAUGAAGCCACAGAGCGGGCGUGAAUUGGCUCCCAAUACACGUCACUCUGUGCAGCAAGAGAUAUUGCUGAAUGGAGUGCCGGCGGGGAAAGGCAAUCAGGUUAAGAUGCGCUUCAAAGUAUCUUACGAAUUGAAUGGACAUGCGCAAGAACAGCAAGGCAAUGUUCCGCCACUAGGGGUUAGUUGA